UCAUCUACACCAAUCAAGCACUACUAUCAUUAUUAGAGCCAAAUAUGUCACAGGUUUCAUACCCAGGUAUCGGAGUAUUUACUCACAAUGAUUAUUGGCAUAAACUCUAUCGGCCUAUAGUUAUGUUACCGUUUAGUCCCAAACGUAUUAACACAUUGUUUAAGCUAUACAGUCGUAAAAAUCCUAUUAAUGGUCUACUAGUUAAACAGGGAUCAGUACCUAUUAUUUUAUCAAACUGUACAUCAGAUACUAAUGGUGUCGGCGACAAACCGGUUAAAUUUAUUGUACACGGAUUACUUGAAAAUAAAUAUUUAAGCAAAUGGAUGAUACAAUUGAAGGAUGCAUUACUCAGUUAUGAGGACUGUUAUGUAUUUAUUGUUGACUGGAGUGAUGGCAAUUCACUUCCUUAUGAACAAGCAAUAAGUAAUACCCGAGUAGUUGGUCCAGUGAUGGCGUUAUUUAUUAGUGAACUUAUGGAUAAAUAUGGACUUCAAACCAAAAACGUUCACAUUAUUGGCCACUCAUUAGGAUCACAUAUAGCUGGUUAUGCCGGUCAACGGUUGAACGGUACGGUUGGCCGCAUAACAGGUCUGGAUCCGGCCGGUCCUCAGUUUGAAGGUCUCAAUAAUAUUGACGUCAGAUUAGAUCCAACAGAUGCCCAAUUUGUUGACAUCAUACACUCUAAUGCCGAAAAAUGUAGACCACUUAUACCGUUGAUAUCAGUUAUUGAUUCCAAUGGUUACGGAUAUUUUGAGACAUUGGGUCAUUUAGACUUUUAUCCAAACGGAGGUGAACAUCAACCGGGAUGUUCUACAGAAAUAAUUACAUCAUUGUUAUCGAAAAAUGUAUUGCGACAACUAUUUUGUGAUCAUCAAAGAUCUAUCCUAUAUUAUAUGGCAUCCCUUACCUAUCAAACUGUUAAACCUAUCAGUCAUUUAUGCACUAAUAAUAAUGAUUAUAAAUUAGGUAAAUGUCGUAAGGAUUGUCAGUUAAAUAUUAUAAACUGUGCGGUAAUGGGUGUCGACGCCAUACAAUCAGCUAAAUAUAAAUCAGAAACAAUGGGAAAAAAAUAUUUUUUAAAAACCGGUUCUCUUUAUCCUUAUUUUAAAAAAGUUUGA